GCCAGACGCGCAAGGUGACCGGUGCCCAAGUGCAUGCUCCGGCCACUAAAGAUGCCCCACAAAAUUAGCCACACCACGCCAAAGAAAAAAACCGCCUCCAGAAAUUGCCGGCAAGGAAGUUUUCGGGAUCCACGGGGGAACGAACAGGCCAGAGACGAUUUUGUGGUCCAAUCGCGCGCUUCUUUCCACCCCCAACUCUCCAUCUCGUCCCAAAUGCGCGAGACGACCGAACGGUGACGCUUGGCAGUCCAUUGGUUCUAUCCGAGGAGGAACGCGCGAGGAAAUGCAGUUAGGGGCGGGGGUUUCGGUGGUUCGCGGAGCCGGAAGCGCCACACGAGUCGGCCGGGUUGCGCGGAUACGACGGCCGACGUGCGCAGAGUGCCUCGGGGCGGUGUCGCUCGACGGCCGGUCACCUCAGUCUAGGGUCUUGUUCCACUCGGGGCGGCCGCGGCCGUCGGCGUGGGCGGCCGCCGUCUCCGUCGCCGGCAACAUCGUCUCGAAUGCCGUCACGAGGGCGACCAAGGGCGACCUGCCCACCAUCGAUCCCCUCCGGAUCGUGGCCAAGGAGAUGAAGUUCCUGACGGGCAACAUCAGGAAGCUCCUCGGCUCCGGCCACCCUUCGCUCGACCGCGCCGCCAAGUACUACACCCAGUCCGAGGGGAAACACAUCCGGCCGCUCAUAGUCCUGCUGAUGUCGCGGGCAACAUCGCUCUGCCCCAAAGCGCCACACCGCCAACAGGCGACCCUGCAGGCCUCGGCCGCCAUCGACACCUCCAUCUCCCCGCUGUCGAUCCUCGCCGAUUACAACCCGUCCGCCGGCGCCGAGAGCGAGCCGGUCCUCGCCGACGCCGAUGGCAUCCUCCCGUCGCAGCGGAGGCUAGCCGAGAUCACGGAGCUGAUCCACACGGCCUCGCUAUUACACGACGACGUCAUCGACCAUUCCGUGUCGCGGCGCGGGGCGCCGUCGGCGAACCUCGAGUUCGGCAACAAGAUGGCCGUGCUGGCGGGCGACUUCCUCCUCGGGAGGGCGUCGGUUGCGCUGGCGCGCCUGCGACACGCCGAGGUGAUCGAGCUGCUGGCCACCGUCAUCGCCAACCUGGUGGAGGGCGAGUUCAUGCAGCUGAAGAACACGGCGCGCGACGAGACCAACCCGCAAUGGUCCGAGGACACCCUGACCUACUACCUGCAAAAGACGUACCUCAAGACGGCGUCCCUGAUCAGCAAGAGCUGCCGCGCGGCCGCCCUGCUGGGCGGCGCGGACGCGCAGACGGUCGACGCGGCGUACAACUAUGGCAAGAACCUCGGGCUGGCGUUCCAGCUGGUGGACGACAUGCUCGACUACACUCGCAGCGAGAAGGAGCUGGGCAAGCCCGCCGGCGCGGACCUGGAACUGGGCCUAGCGACCGCCCCGCUGCUGUUCGCCUGGAAGACAAUACCGGAACUCGGGGCACUGGUGGGGAGGAAAUUUUCCCAAGAAGGCGAUGUUGAACGGGCACGGAAUCUGGUGAUGCAAAGUGACGGCAUUGAGCAGACGCGCGCUCUUGCUCAGGACUAUGCCGAUAAGGCCAUCGCCUCCCUCAGCCUGUUCCCGGAGAGCGAGGCCAAGGAUGGCCUCGUCGAGAUGGCUGUCAAGACGCUACAGCGGAAGAAGUGAAAGACAGGGAAAAAAAAUAAUCUGUUAACGAGGGUCGAGUCGAAUUGACCACGCUGUACUAACACGAUGAUUCGCCUGGUUGUAAUUUUUGCAGGGCGCCAGAGAGAUGUGCGGGGUCCGG